GUGGAUGGAUGUGUCCAUGCGUACUGCGGAGCUCGUGCUCUGCGCGAAGAUGCAGCUCCUACAGUCUUAGUGGAUGGAUGGUGCAUGCCCCGAGCAGCUAUUUCUGUUUCUAUAGCGGGAAGCUUGGGUCGUAGCGCAGAAUUGUGACGUUCUGGCCUGAUUUACUACCCAAUCUGCAGUCUUUCAGGAAUGUGAACUCAAAACUGUCGUAAUCUCAGUGUACACAUGUGUGAAGCUUAUGGUGUUGAUAUGGAUGACCUUUAGGCCCGAUUUCUUUUCUAAAAUAUUGUGCACGAGCUUUCUGCCAAAAACAAACAAACUGUUCAGGAAUACGCGACCCUAAUACAUGGCCGAGUUGACUACAAUCUAAAACCACAAAUUCACUCUUAUCAUGUUUGGAAAAAAAGGAUCAGCGUGUCGAUGAGGAUUAAGCGGAGCACUACAUUAGAGCAGAACAAGCUAACAGAUCCUUUCGGCAUCUUUAAGAUGUUUAAGUAAUGACAGAAAAAGACCGAACCUAAACUGCUCAAUCCUGGCUGAUGUCACUAUGUGUUACAGUAGUUGCUGCAACUGUCAAGAAGUGUGCUCAGUAUGGCCUGCGCUUCGAUUUCUUCAGAAUUGCCAGGAAGGUUUGACGUGCAUGCUGGUAUUCACUAUUACUGCAGCCGUCCUUGGAAUGUUUCAGUUUGGAUAUAACACUGGAGUCAUCAACGCUCCGCAAAAAAUCAUAGAAGAGUUCAUUUCGGAGGUAUACAGAGACCGAACAGGUAAAUACAUCACCGAGGACUUCAGGAACCUGUUGUGGUCAGUUACAGUGUCCAUUUUUGCAAUAGGAGGUAUGAUCGGAGGAAUAUCAGCAGGUACUAUUGCCAAUCGGUUAGGGAGAAAAGGAGGAUUGCUUGUCAACAAUAUCAUGGGAAUUUUGGGAGGCGCUCUCAUGGGAUUCAGUAAGUUAUCUCAUAGUAUAGAGAUGCUUAUAUUCGGACGCCUUUUUAUAGGAUUUAAUUGUGGCCUGAACACUGCCCUAGUGCCAAUGUAUCUUUCGGAGAUAUCCCCACUUACAUUACGGGGUGGCUUAGGUACUCUCAAUCAACUAGCUUUAACAAUAGGGCUUUUCCUCUCACAAGUAUUUGGGGUUCAAUUUGCUUUGGGCACAUCCACCGGAUGGCCAUACCUUUUAGGAAUAGCAGUGAUUCCGGCCAUACUUCAACUCUGUUUGUUACCUUUUUGUCCUGAGAGUCCUCGAUAUUUGCUCAUCUCGAAACAACAAGAAUCACUUGCAAGGGAGGCCUUACAAAGGUUAAGAAGCUCAAGUCAAAUAGAAGAUGACAUUGAAGAAAUGAAAGCUGAAGAACAAGCUCAUCAACAGGAAGUAGAGAUAACUAUGUGGCAGCUGAUUAAAAAUAAAUCACUCCAGCUUCCUCUGUUGAUCGGUGUUGUAAUGCAGCUUUCACAGCAACUCUCAGGCAUUAAUGCAGUGUUUUAUUACUCUACCAACCUCUUCAUGGCCGCAGGGCUUUCAGAAACAACAUCAAAGUAUGUCACUAUCGGAAUUGGUAUUGUUAUGGUCAUCAUGACCUUGGUUUCUAUUCCUCUGAUGGACAGGGCAGGGAGACGAACAUUGCAUCUCUAUGGUCUUGGGGGCAUGUUCAUUUUUAGUAUUUUCAUUACUAUCUCGUUACUUGUUAAGUUUCUUUAUGAAUGGGUUAUGUAUGUCAGUGUUGUUAGCACACUUAGCUUCGUCGUCUUCUUUGCAAUUGGGCCAGGAUCUAUCCCUUGGAUGAUAACUGCAGAGCUGUUUUCUCAAGGGCCACGACCUGCAGCCAUAAGUAUAGCUAUGCUAGUCAACUGGUUUGCCAACUUUGUUGUUGGUCUGGUCUUUCCAAUGAUGCUGUUUGGUUUUGAAAGCUACACGUUUCUUCCCUUCACGGCUCUACUAGCAAUUUUCUGGACAUUCACAUACAAAAAGGUUCCUGAGACCAAAAAUAAGACAUUUGAAGAAAUUGCAGCUCUAUUUAGGAGAGAAGAUGUGAUCAACAUUAAUGGAAUGAACAUCCCACGGAAAUCAAUACAGUCAGGAGAAUUCCUAUUUGAAGACAAGCCAGUUGAAGAUUGUCCUUUGCACCAUCAUCAUCACUGCCAGUUAGAAGAACUUCCCACUAGAAAAAAAAAUGUGGAGGUGACUCCUAACCACUUAGAGGAUCAGCUGUAGCAAAGUGUACAGAAGUCUCAGAUUGUCAGCCACAUCACAGGAAUUAACCUCGCAGUAGGUCUGUAGCCUCCAUGUGAAGCUUUAGUCAAGGGAAACCUCCUUUCUGCUCAGGUAAAUGUCUACCCAUGAAGUGCUCAUUGCAGUGACAGUUACUUGCAUGGUGCUGCCCUCAAGUUGCACAUUGUGGCAUUCUUUUUUUCACUGGUGCAUUUUAACUGAGACAGAUUGAUGAAAACUAAUAAAACCCUAUACACAAGUGCAUUAUUGUACAUCCUAGAAAUUUCACAACAGAAAAUAGUUCAUAUCAGAUACAAAGAAAAGUACAUCGUAUGACUAGUGUCAAGGAAAACAGAGAAAAGAUACCACUGGAGACAGUCUUUUCAACAUUGUAGUAACACAGAAAACUUAUUAGCCUCUUAAACACUUCUGUCAGUUCAUGUUCAUAGCUGUAUCACCUUCUUGGUCCAUUCUUGCCACUAGGAGGCUCUGUUUUGUAAGAAGAGUGGCAAGAAAGUGGCUAUCAUCCAUCCAUAUUCACCUUAGAUCUGUUUCCUAAGUCAAUGGGAUGUUGAAGAAGAUGAGCUAGUUAAGUGACCUCUGACCUAACUGGACAGUCAUGUUACCAAGCUAUGCAGCUGUCUUUUUUUCCUUUUUUUGUCUCCAAAAGAAAUAAAUCUUAGAAAUGUUUUUCUGUCUCAACAGUUAAGUUAGUGGAUUAUCAGUAUUUUGUAAGUACUGUAUUGUCAAAAGCUAUCCCUAGAAAGAGUUAUUUUUAUGUGGAGGAGACUUUUUUCUUCUUUUUUUUUUGCUUUUAGUGCAUUAUCUUAUGUGCAAACACUUCAAAGUUUUUAAUUUUCAAUCUUUCUGACAGAGUGAUACAUAUUAUCAUACCCUAUUAAUUUAUUUCCAGAGUGAUAGAGAGAAACACUAUUUAGUUUCAAAAAAAUUGCUUCUAGAUAAUCUAUUCCAAUGAAAGGUGACAAUUUCAUCAGCUUUUCAUAAUUUUUGUGUUACAAAGGGCUUCCGAGAAACAAUCUCCAAAAAAUUUGAAACAGUCCUAAGUCUAAUUUUAUUUGUCACAAUCUCUUCAUUUCUAUGACGGUAAUUUAACAAACACGUGAUAUGUGUUCUCAAAUAGGAAACUGUGUAAUCUUGUCUUUUCAUACAUUACACUUUAGGAAAUAAAUCUUGAACCACUUAGCCUCGGUGACUAACAGAAAUAUUUUGUCGUUGUUUUUUAUUAUAGUUUUUAUCUAGAUGUUUAAAUAAUCUGACUCCCAAACUUUUCUGAGGCUAUACAUGUUAAUUAAGGAUUGUGUGUGGAAUAACACUGUAUUUUCGAUAAGGGUGCCUUCUGUUUUGUUGAAUAAUUUUUGUCUGUAAAAAUGGAUCAUACUCAGUUGUAUAGACUACAUAAUCUAUACAGUCUCCUCCCUAAGCCUUUUGGUGCCAGAAUAUUGUGUGAGUCUUUGAAUUUCAGUAGGUCAUAGUGAAAUACACAAGUUAACAAUAUGUAAAUAAAAUGUACAGUCAAUUUAGCAGAAGUUAUAAGUUUCUGCUCACUCAACUCAUCAAAUUUCAGUGUCAGUGGUGUUAUUUGUGUCAUUGAUGCAUUCAGAGAAAUAAUCUAGCAACAAAUAAUGGUGAAAGUUGUGUGAAAUUCAAAGUCUCUAAAAAAAUGUCAAAAUGAAGAGAAUAUAAAACAAACUUAGCAUAAUCUGCUGACAAUUUUUUUUUGUUUAUAAAACUUGCUAUUUUUUUGUUUGCUUAUGUGAAAUCUACUAGUUUAUUUCUUUUUUGGAUUUAUCCAGUGUUUGACUUUAGUUUCUACCCCUGUUUGUUUAUUAAAAAAGUAUGACAAAUCAUGCUACUGAUUUUCUAUUUAUUAUAUAAUCAUUCAUAUAAAAAAAAGUUUAAUAUUUGCAAGUCUUAGGUUUAGUAGAAGUUAAACACUUAGACAAUUCUGGAAUUUUUAUUAACCGUGUAAAAAUUGCUUCUAACAUUACAGAUAAGUUAGCCAAUAUUAAACAUAAGUUAGUUUUGUUCUAUUGCCAAAUACUUUAUGAAAGUUUAAGAGAUAUCACAAAAAGGCAAACUUCAAAAUAUAUGACAUGUAUUUGAAACUAAAAUAAUUAUUACAAUAUUUUUAAAGCUCAAGAAUUAGACCUUUUUAUCAUACUAAUGCUAUUUUGUUCAAUAAAAAGAGACAAAUUUAGUAAUUCUGAAUAUUGAUUUCACAAAUCAGUCAUUGUUCUUGUUCUAUCAGAAGCACUUAAAAUUUGCUCAACACCAAUCAUGGUUUGUUUGUUAAAUCAGUGAAAAUUAAGCAUCAUCUGAUUAAACAACAAUGUAAGUUGCUCAGUAAUUAAACAUCACUUAAUUCCUGCAGUAUCAUUUAUAUUUUUUUAGACUACCAGUUAAGAAAAUAUGCACAUCAUAAUAUAAUUUAACUGUAAUAAAAUUAAGUAAAACAUAGUACUGUAAAUAACCUGUUUUUCUUUUGUUUUCAUGACUAGAAUUAGCAAUAGGACCUGUGGCUUUGAAAGUUAUUGUUCUUGAAAAGUUUAAACAUAGAAAAUAUUGCAGAUAUACUUAGCAAUUGUCAAAAACAUUUCAAUAAAUCUAGUAUACUGGAUGCUUAAUAUUUGGAAUAAUAUUCAGUUACUUUCUUAACUCAUUUUACUUUUUAACAAAAACAUAAUAAUAAUCAAAUGCCUAAUAGAAAGUGACUGAUUGGAAAUCCAAAAUAAAAUUUGUUUAUUCAAUUAUUCAAAAAAUAUCUUUAAAAAAGUGGUCAUAAGGUCAAUAGGAGAUUAAUGCUCAUAUUUAUGUGCAGCCCAUGUAGAUAAAUAACAUGACUGAGGGAUGAAUAUGUAUACAUAAGUUUUGUUGAAAGACAAAUCAAGUCUAAAAUAUUCUUGUAAAUGAAUAGAGAAUAAUGAAAUGUUAUCAAAAGGUAAAUAAGUUUAUUAAUGUUCAAAGAGUUUUGAAUGCAUUUAUUAUUACUUAACUGUAAAAUUUUAGUGAAAUUCUCAAUGUCACUCAGUUCCUUCAUAAUUUUAAAAUGAAUUUUAAUAAUUUAACAUUAUUUUACACAGAUGAGUUACUAUUUGAUAGUAUAUAGCAUGCAAGUGUUUUAGAACAGAGACCUAUUCUAGUGCGUGCAUGUGUUUUUUAUAUUUAUUUAGGAUCUUAAAAUUUAUAUAGUAAUAAAUACAAGUUUAUAAACUUUCAUAUUUUGAAUCGCACAAAAAAUAUUUAAAACUAGUUAUAUUGAUUUAACCAACUCCAAUCUUAAAUAUCAUAAAAUAUGAAGAACAAUAAUGAAAAAAAUACAGCAUAAAACAAUCAUAAUGCUGUGUCAUUAGGGAACCCAUGAACUAAUAAUAGAGAAUAUUGUAAGUCAAUAAAUUUCCAAAUUAUAUCUUAUUUGAAAACUAAUUUAUUUAUUUUUUACUAGAAUAUAAAAGAUACAGUUAUUGUUACUAUAGUAAAUUAGUGUAGAUUUUUAUGAUUAUUCAAAUGUUACAAAAUAAGAUCACAUUAGAGCUGUGUAAUAUAACAUUUAGAAAGACUGUUGUAUUAUCUAAGAUGCAAAACUUUUUAUAAUUUAUUUUAAAUCGAUCUUGCAAAUAACUGUUUGUAAAAUAUUUAUUAAUUAA